AUUAUCAGAUGCAAAAUGCAUUCCAUAAAAGCAUUAGCUGUGUACGUGUAGGGGCGUACUGAAGCUACACACAACGUAUAGGUACUCUAAACUUACAGUAGUAUGCAGGCUUUAGCAGCAAAAGCAGCCAAAAAGGCUGUUGAAAAAGAGGUCAAGAACACACUAAAGGAUACAUUACCAACUAAAGGUCCCAAGGUCCGAGGUGGGGAAGGCAAAGCUGGAGGAUGUUGCCACAAAUGCUGCAAAAGUGUAGGUGGAACAGAUCCAUGGAGACAGGCAAUUUGUUGGGUGAUGAUCUCCCUCAUUGUAAUCACUGUAAUUAUGUUCUUUGGCGGAGGAUUACUAGUGGGGCCAGCUAAAACAGCCACCGGUAGUCCUUGUGGAGUCACACUAACUAUACCUAUUUUCAAUAAAGACGCCUACAUCUGGUUUCUUAAGUCCACAGGCAUCCUGGUGUUUGUCAUGAUAUUUGUCUCUUUCAUCUACUGCUGCUCUUUACUCGCUGUCUGCUGUGGAGACUUCCCCAAAUCAAUUAGAAUCUGCGGUAUUAUCGGAUUCUUUAUAGCCGGUCUCGGGAUCACUGUCUACUCGGCAUGGGUUGCCAUGGGAACGUAUUUUGUGAUAAAAGUUCACAGCGGAGCCCCGAUAUGUCGGAAUACUAUAGUGUAUGUUGUGAUACUGUAUGUGUAUCUCGUUGUACUGUUGCUGGUGGGAGUGGUUGUGGGGUGCUGGAAGUGUAAAGAGAUGGUGGGCGGGAUAAAAUCAAGACGAAAGGGAAAGACAAAGUACCAGAAACUACCACAGAAAGAUCCGGACAAUCCUUAGUCACUCAUUUUGUGUUGUGUACUAGUCAGAUUGCAACAUGUUCAUACUUGUAAUUUGAUACUGCCACACCAUCAUCAUUUUUUCACCGGAAUUCACUGCAGUAGCAUAUGUGUAUGUGUACAUCUGUGGUCAUUUGAUACUGUACAUUUGCAAUGAUUCUAUCACAUUUCACAUGAAUUGUCCCUUAACUACA